AUGACCGAGCCGAGGGUUGAAGAUGUGUAUCGCCCGUCUUUCCGCAAAUGCAUUCUGAGGACCAUGGGAGCAUGCUUUAUAUCCGGCUAUCUUGUGGGCUCUUCUUUUCGAUUGGCUGCCGGAAGUAGAUGCGACUACGGCCAAUACCUUGCAAACAAGCUUUGUGCUGCUGGGGUGUGUUUCCAACUUGGAAGAAGACUGACUGCCGAGGUGGUAGGAGGGGUAAAAAAGAAUUUUAUUUCGUGGCGGCUUUCUCCCUGGAAAUGA